GGUUAGGUUUGCAGUGGGCGACUUAUGUAGCCGGUCGGUCGGUGCCCUCGCUUCUACUUCGAGGACAGCGGCCGGGGAAUCGCGUCGGCCGGGUCCGCGUGGUGCUGGCUAGCUGUCGUGGAGAGCAGAACAAAAAAAGGAUAAACCAUCAGAUUGAAAAAACGCCGCCCGACUUGGCAGCAUGUUUCUGCUGAAUAUUUGCAUCUGUGCCAGCCUUGUGCUUUCUCUCCCUCGGCGCACGAGUCAGUCCUGCAUCGAUGGGACGCCAAGGCAGUGCCAAGAGGCAGAGUUUGCUCCGGGUACCAAUUUGGCGGGGGAAGGCUACGACAUCAUCAAAAUGGAACGUAAGGGCGCCUACGUGCUCGACAUGAAUAAGUGGAAACGCAAGGACAACAAAUGCACCCUGUGUCGCAACCCGUAUCUGGAGAACAGACAGCAAAAGCUCCCUCUGUCAGUGGUGGACUGGAGGCCGAAACAGUCCUGCAGCACCAAAGUGUCCAGUAAACUCCACCGGUCCAGUGAGUCUCUGGUCACUGCCAGCUCUGCCUCUGUGGACAACAACUGGCAGUCCAAUCUGGACAUUGAUUUGGGUAAAAGAGGCGCCUCGGUGAUGUUGGCCGGUUCCCACUCUAAACUGGCUGAGUAUUCCAUGGAAAAAACCAAGAGUGACAAGUUCAGCUUCACCAGCCAAAGCAUGUUCUGCGAGUACUACAGCUACCGAGUGUCCAGCACUCCCAGACUGCACAAAGAGUUUAGAAAAGCAGUGAAAGAUCUCCCCAAAACCUACAGCCCUGAAUUCAAGCAACGGUUUUACAGUCUGAUAGACAACUUUGGCACCCAUUACAUCACUAAGGUGAAGUUGGGAGGCAGUGUUGAAUCUGUGACCAGCAUCAGGCAGUGUCUGGCCAGCCUGCAGGGCCUCAGUGUGGAGGAGGUGCAGAUGUGCCUGGAAGUGGAAGCGUCCGCCACCUUCAUAGCCACAGCGAAAGCUCAAACAAAACACUGCAAAAAGGACACCGAGAAGAUGGAGAGUAAAGCAACCUUCUCCAGCCACUUCAGUGACAGGUUCACAGAAAUUAAGGGAGGCCACAGCACGGAGCCCGACCUUCUCUUCUCGGCUGACAAAAACCCAUCGGCCUACAAGGAGUGGCUCGUCACACUCCCACAGAAUCCAGACAUACUCUCAUAUUCGCUGAGCUCCCUCCACGAGUUGCUGCCCGUGAACACGCCUGUCCGGAAGAACCUGCGCUCAGCCAUCAGCCACUACAUCCUGGAGAAAGGCCUGUGGAGGAACUGCAGCGAGGGCUGUCGGGCCGGCAUCAAGAGCGAUUCCAGAGACCCCUGCGUCUGCCAGUGCCACAAUGACCCUGCGGUAGGCCAAGACUGCUGCCCGACCCAAAAGGGCAUGGCACGGGUCGUCAUAACCGUGCAACGCGCCUCUGGUCUCUGGGGGGACCACACCACAGCCACAGAUGGUUAUGUGAAGGUGUCGUUCAACGGGAACGAGGUCCGGCAGUCUCCCGUCAUUUAUAACAACGACAACCCACACUGGGCCCUGGUCGUGGAACUGGGCUCGCAGGAUUUGUCCAAAGGACGUAAAGUGAGAUUUGAAGUGUGGGACAAGGACAGCAACUGGGACGACGACCUGUUGGGGGAGUGUGAGAAGCUUCUGUCGGCCGGCGCCGCGGAGGACCUGUGCGUGCUGCAGCAUGGCCAGCUGUUCUACAAGUGGCAGGUGACAUGUGCCCCGAGUCUGAGCGGAGAAUCCUGCACGGAGUAUAAAGCUUCGCCCAUGAGUCAAAGUCUGAAGAGUCUGUACGUCUCCCGUCACUCCCACCCUCUUCCAAGGGCCAUGCUCUUGGAGAUGGGCGUGUUUGUGGACGAGGCAAGUUCACAGAGAAACCAGAGUCUGGCAGCCAAGAGUCAAAAGUUUGAUGUGAUGUAAUCUGACUUCUUCAAUCAGAACUCCAUAAUUAACACCGAUCAGUGAGAACUCUUAUGUGGUGAGAAAGCAGCUGGAGCUCAACUGUGGAAAGUGUUCCGUAUGUUGGGUACGUUCAGUUUAACUUACAUCUAAUUCUUUGAUUGGUAGUUCACAGUUUCUGCGUUCUGUAUGAUUUGUGUUUGGCAGAAGAGCGUUGUCUGAAUCAGGUGACGGAAAUGUGCUGUUAUAAAUGUUUAUAACAGUUGGAAACAAGAUAUGUAUAUAUAAAAAUGAGCUGUUGGCAGAUUUUGUAUCUCGUGCAGUCACUUUGUUGCACAAACCUUUAGUAAUAUAUGCUUGCCUGUUUUGUGCUUCAAAUCACUUCAGUAUCACUCUGUGUCCUCUCGGCAGGAUGCUUGUUUAUCCACAAUAAAAGCGUCACAUCAUUA